AUGACAGUCACCGAGUACGACAUAAUAUUUUGUGACUUAUCUCGUUACGCACUGACCCAAGUAGAUACUGGUCAGAAAAUGUCAGAGAAAUUUUGCAGUGGGUUACGACCUGAGAUUAGGAUGACCUUAGCCGGUCAUGAUGGAUUGACUUAUACAGAUGCGCUCAGUAGAGCAUUGGAUAUAGAAGCCGCUAUGCCAGCAGAAAGGGUAAUACCUAUACCAAUGUUUAUGCCAGCACCCCCACCGAUGCAGUCUCAGAAUUUCAAAGGAAAGCGAAAGUGGAAUGACACGGGGAAUAACCAACCCAAUAAAAAGAUAUGGCAGGGACAGGGACAACCUCAACAACAAGGGUUGGAAAAACCAUUUAAUUUUGGACCCAGGGAAAAUAUUCAAGGACAACAAAAGAUUCCCACUUGUCCAAAAUGUAAUCGAGUACACCCAGGUGUGUGUAAAGCUGGUAGUGAUGCUUGUUAUACCUGUGGCCAGAAGGGUCACUUUUCAAAAUUUUGCCCAACCAAACAACAAGGAUCAGGAUUCAGACAGAACCAACCAACUCGAGUCCAACCUCUAAGAGCGGUUCAAGGAUACCCCCAACUACAACAGCAACAUCAACGACAGCCACCGAAUCCACAACAUCAGCAGCUGAUUCCGCAAAUUAGAGCUUAUCCUCUGAAACAGAAGCAACCUGAGAAAACUCAGGGAAACCUGGCAGGUAUGGGUAAACUUUUGGAUAUACCUGUCAUAGUUCUGUUUGAUACUGGUGCAUCGCACUCUUUCAUAGCAAAUGCAUGCGCGGAUACUUUGGAAUUAAAAACAGAACAAGCUAAGCAUAGGAUGAAAAUACAUUCACCUAUAGGGGGGACUACGAUCACGUCACAUUGUUGCUCUAACCUAGAAAUAGAGUUAGGGACUUUUAAAGUGGUCGCAAACAACUUGAAUCUUAUGCCUAUGUGGGACACAAAUAUAAUUUUAGGCAUGGAUUGGUUAACUAAGAAUUAUGCCACAAUCCGUUGUAAUGAGAGGCAAAUUUCUUUCCAACCCCCAGGAAAAGAACCAACGAGUUUUCAUGGAAUUAGUAUGGGUAGGAGGGUACCCGUAAUUUCAGCGCUGCAAGCAAGGAAGAUAAUGAAAAAGAAGGGUUCUCAAGCCUAUCUUGUUUAUUUGAGUGGAGAAGUUAAGGGUACGAAAACAAUAGAUGAAGUAGCAGUUGUACGGGAAUUCCAAGAUGUUUUUCCGGAAAAGUUGCCCGGGUUACCACCAAAUCGACAAAUAGAGCUUGCGAAUGAUUUGGAACCUGGAUCUGCCCCAAUAUCAAAGACACCUUAUAGAAUGGCUCCAAAGGAACUGGAAGAAUUAAAGAUUCAACUUCAAGAACUGUUGGACCUAGGUUUUAUCAGACCUAGUGUAUCACCAUGGGGAGCACCGGUACUUUUUGUAAAAAAGAAAGACGGCACAAUGAGAAUGUGCAUUGAUUACCGUGAGAUCAACAAAAUCACGCUCAAGAAUAAAUAUCCGUUGCCGAGGAUUGAAGAUUUGUUUGAUCAACUGAAGGGUGCAAGUGUAUUCUCAAAAAUCGAUUUAAGAUCUGGAUACCAUCAGUUGAAAAUCAAACAGGAAGACAUCCCUAAAACCGCAUUUAGAACGAGAUAUGGACAUUACGAAUUUGUAGUUGUACCAUUCGGAUUGACGAAUGCCCCAGCGGUAUUUAUGGACCUCAUGAACCGAGUCUUCCACCCAUACCUAGAUAAAUUUGUUCUAGUGUUCAUUGAUGAUAUCUUGGUUUAUUCUCAAAACCAAGCAGAACAUGAAAAACAUUUAAGAAUAGUUCUAGAAACACUAAGAACGGAACAACUUUAUGGGAAGUUUAGCAAAUGUGAAUUCUGGCUCAAUGAAGUAACAUUUCUUGGACAUGUUGUGUCAUCCGAGGGAAUCAAGGUGGACCCUGCGAAAGUACAGACGGUACAAGAGUGGAAAGCGCCAACUAACCCUAAUGAAAUAAGGAGUUUCUUAGGCUUAGCAGGGUAUUACAGGAGAUUUAUUGAAGGAUUUUCGAAAAUAGCAAGACCCAUGACACAAUUGCUCAGAAAGGGAAGUAAGUUCACAUGGACAGGCGAAUGUGAGGAAAGCUUCCAAGAACUAAAAAGAAAAUUGACUACAGCACCAGUUCUAGCCGUACCAGAAGCUAAUAAAGGUUAUGACAUCUACACUGAUGCAUCAAAGAGUGGACUAGUCUUGGGGGUGGUCCGACUGGGGGAAACGGAGGAGGCAGAGGGGAUUGGCGACGACGGCGGUGGCCUGGUGCUCCUGCUGCCCGUCGAUCCAGAAAGAGAGGAGAGUGGACGGCGGCUGGACGGCGGGGCUGUUCGGCGGAGGGAGCGACGGCGGUCUCGGUCUUUGAGGUCGAUCGGUGGUCCAGAGAUGGGGAGAUCGACGACGGUGGUGGCCGAUGGCUGCUGCUGUUCGUCUGUCAAGGAGGAAGGCGGCGGCGUUGCUGCUCGGCCACGGACGUUUGAGGGAGAGAAGAAGAACCGGGCGGCCGUUACCAGCCGAAGAGAGAGAGAUCAGAUGGAGAUGGGGCGAUUGCCGGCAGCUGUUGUCGCCGGAGAAGCCGCGCCGCUUGUUGUGUGGGCGUGA